AUGGCGAUCAUAUUCGAAGAUCAACUCGACCGUCUCAAAGGAGGGGAAUCAUCAGAGUUUGCCCACGCCCGCUCUGAGAUACUUAGACCAGCCUACGAUUUAUACCUUGAAUCUGCCCACGUUCGCCAAUUCUCGCCUCCUCCAUCUAUCCUGCAGCUCAUUGCAUCUCCAGACAUUGCAGUCAAACUGUCGCGUUGCAGAAAGACGGGCGCAGCGAUCGACCUGACUAUUACCAAGAAGUCGAAUGCAUCCUACGAAAAUUUCAUGGGAUACUGCAAAGAGCAUAGAUGCGUGGUCUUCAAAGGCGAAACGGGACUCUUUUAUGAUUUCGUAGACUUUGUCGAGUCGGCUGCCGCGAAGCAUGGCAUCAAUGACAUAACAGCUGUCUUGAGGGCUCCAGAUAAGAUCCGUAUUCCCUUCGGAGGACUGAAAUAUGGGCUCGAAUAUGAACAGUUCGUCGAUCUUGUUGAAGUGCUCCAGUGCGCUAUGUGGAUUAGAACUUCACCAAGCGAUUCACGAACUCCCCCACCCAGUACUCCCGAGUACGUACCAUCUUCACCAUCUGGUAGUCUCAUGACAUACGAGACCAUUCACGAACGCCCUGGUGUGCCUAGUCAGAGCUUGAGCGACAGCGACAGUCCUUUGUCUUCUUGCGGAUCGUCUAUUUCUACACCUCCGCCUUUCCACGAUAUGCCUUCGAUUUGUUCAGAUGAUUCAAGUUCGGAUGAUUCUAGUGAAUUGUCGGACCCCCCGAUGGUUAUCAACACGCCACCAUGGUUGAGAUUUGUUUUCGAUGAAUAA